GCCGCAGCCGGGAGGCGGCUGGGAGCGCGCGGCGCGGCACGGCUGGGGCUGUGGGAGCGCUGCGCGUUGUGUUCGCUGCCCCGUGGCGCCCAGGUUAGGGUAAUGGGUUAGGAAAAGGGAUGAGCGAGGGACAGGAGCGCUGUUAUUUCUGAGACUCGUAUUUGGUCGCCUUCACGCUGCGGGAGGCACAGAGCGAAGUGCUCUUACGGUUACGAGGAGGAGCUUCGGGAAAAGGAGAUGAUGAGUAAGUGGAACUCAUGCUUCGGGCUUAUGACAGAUAGAGAGGAGCUGCGGGGACCGGCCAGAGCCAUCGCGCAGGAGGAGCGGCAGCGGGAGGAGCAGUCAGGAGCAGUCAGAGCCCCCAGACGUGCCUCUCCCGGGCAGUAAGGCAGGUCCAAGCAUACAUGGCUCCUGGUGUCUCGAAUGAGAAGAAAAGGGAAGAUGAACAGUCUUCAAGAGAAAAUUCUAUCCAUCUGUGCAACCCUCACCUGGAAAAAAUGAAAGAAGACAUCCUAUACCAUUUUGCUCUUGGGACCGGUACCCAUGAUUUUCCUGCACUGUUUGGAGAUGUAAAGUUUGUGUGUGUAGGAGGAAGUCCUUCACGGAUGAAAGCUUUUAUUGCCUACAUAGCUGAAGAACUUGGACUUGGGAGCUCUGGUGGUGACUACCCCAACAUCUGUGCGGGAACUGACCGUUACGCCAUGUACAAAGUGGGACCCGUUCUGUCAGUCAGUCACGGUAUGGGCAUUCCUUCUAUUUCAAUCAUGUUGCACGAGCUGAUCAAACUGUUGUAUCAUGCCAAGUGUUCCAACAUAACCAUUAUUCGCAUUGGCACCUCGGGUGGAAUAGGUCUGGAACCAGGCUCAGUGGUUAUAACCAGGCAGUCUGUAGAUGCCACCUUCAAACCUCAGUUUGAACAGGUUGUUCUGGGAAAAACUAUAAUUCGCAGCACAAAUCUAGAUGAAGAGCUGGCUAAAGAGCUGCUACAGUGCAGUAAAGAAAUCAAUCAGUUCAAUACUGUCAUUGGAAACACUAUGUGCACUUUGGAUUUUUAUGAAGGACAGGGCAGGUUGGAUGGUGCAAUCUGCUUGUAUAAUGAAGAAGAAAAACUGCAAUAUUUGAAGGAAGCUUACGAUUCCGGUGUCAGAAACAUUGAGAUGGAAUCUUCUGUCUUUGCUGCAAUGUGCAAUCUCAGUGGUGUCAGAGCUGCUGUAGUGUGUGUCACUCUCCUGAAUCGGCUUGAAGGGGACCAGAUCAGCAGCUCACAUGAUAUACUUGUGGAGUAUCAGCAGAGACCGCAGAAAUUAGUGGGAUAUUUCAUUAAGAAAAGUCUUGGGAAAGUAUAACAUGUCCAUCUUUGGUUUUUAGAAGCAGAAGGCUUUUGCACAGCGGAAGUUGUGGUCACAACCUCUGUGCAUUAAAGGUUUUUUUGCCUCAGAAUAGCUUUCAGCAUUCCAUGUAUAUGCGGAAGUUAAUCAUUUAUGUCAGUGUGCUUUGGGAACUGAAUGUGCUGAAUGCACUUCAGUUAAGAUUAGUUUAGUUAUUGUUGCUGGGAUUUAAGAUUCCCUUUUCUGAGUGGAAAGUAGUUCUGUUGUGAAGGACAAGCUUGCUGUGACGUUUGAAAAAGCUUUAUUUAUCCCUGCUGCUGAAGAAAAGGUAGGAAGAAGACAAAGUACUUUUUUGGGAAAGUACUUGCAAACCACCAAAUUAAAAUUAACUUAAGAAUGAUAAUACCUUCCUUGUUGUUUUUUAAAAAUAUAUAAAGUUAUAUAAAUUAUAACCACCACCUUUGUUGUUUCACUUUGUAAGGAAAACUUAGAGUGAAUGCACUUUGUUUUUUCCAGACUUUGACAAAUAAAUAGUAUUAUUUUCA